UAUAAAAUGAAACCAAGUGUUCUGAUUAGGUUUUCAGUCUAUCUCACCACUUGUUGUUCUUUCCAGCAAAAUGGCUUACAGCUGGGACAACCGCGUCAAGUACGUCGUCAGGUACAUGUACGACAUUGACAACAAUGGCUUCUUGGACAAGAACGACUUCGAGUGCCUUGCCGUCAGGAACACCCUGAUUGAGGGCCGUGGCGAAUUCAGCGCCGAUGCCUAUGCCAACAACCAGAAGAUCAUGAGGAACCUCUGGAACGAGAUCGCCGAGCUCGCUGACUUCAACAAGAAUGGCGAGGUCACUGUCGACGAAUUCAGGAAGGCAGUGCAGAACGUCUGUGUUGGCAAGAGUUUUAAUGACUUCCCUACGUGCUUCAAAGUAGUCAUUUCAAACUUUUUCAAGACCGUUGACGUGAACGGCGACGGCAAGGUUGGCCUCGAUGAGUACAGGCUUGACUGCAUUACCAGGUCUGCCUUUGCUGAGGUGAAGGAGAUUGAUGACGCUUACAACAAGCUCACCACUGAGGACGACAGGAAGGCCGGCGGACUUACCCUGGAACGCUACCAGGACCUGUACGCUCAGUUCAUCUCCAACCCCGAUGAGUCUUGCAGCGCCUGCUACCUUUUCGGACCCCUGAAGGUGGUGCAGUAGACUAGCGCAUGAGGCCGCCUACAUUACCCUCCGCGCGAGGCUCCGGCGCUGUGGGCGGAAACCCCGCGCAUGCGCACCCCGGGGAGGCCCUAGCGCCAGCCCCACACACCCAACAGUGCCCAGUUCCUCACCGCAUUUUUAUACUCACCUCCCUCUGAAGCUAAGCCGCAACGCAGGCAACAACAUCGCCUGCGGUAGCCGACCCGGGCCGCGGCCGUCUCUAGCCAGUCCCUUGGAGUGGAGACGCGCGGCCUCGCCCCUGGCCAGCCCCUCGCUCGAGGGUCUUCGGCCAGUUCAACACCGGGAAUGGUCGACUACUGAUGCGAUCAACUCUUUAUUAUUAUCCAAUAAACGUUGAAAUGUUU